UAAAGUUAUUGGGUAUUUGAUGGUCAGUUUUCGGGACAUUUGGAUAACCUUUAUUGGCGGCACAGUUGUAUUAAGCUUUCUUGAAAAUGCCUAACACGAAGGGAGAUGCCAUGCGAGGUUUAGCCGUUUUUAUCUCUGAUAUCCGAAACUGUAAAAGUAAAGAAAGCGAAAUACGCCGCGUCAAUAAAGAACUCGCAAAUAUUAGAUCAAAAUUUAGGGGUGAUAAAACACUUGAUGGUUAUCAGAAAAAGAAAUAUGUCUGUAAAUUGCUCUUCAUAUUUCUUUUGGGGCACGAUAUUGAUUUCGGACACACUGAGGCAGUCAAUCUGCUUUGCUCAAACCGAUAUACAGAAAAGCAAAUAGGAUAUUUAUUCAUAUCUGUACUCAUCAAUGAGUCACACCCACUCAUGAAUUUGGUUAUUUCACGUCUUAAGGAUGACCUGAAUAGCCGGAAUCCUGUGUUUAUGAAUCUUGCAUUGCAAUGCAUCGCCAAUAUAGGGAGUCGUGAAAUGGCUGAAAAUUUUGCAGACAAGAUCCCUAAAUUACUUGUAUCAGGGUAUGCCCAUGCUUGUUCAUUACCACCUUUAGUGAUACAAUUGACUCCAUCAAACAAAAUGCUGCCCUAUGUCUUCUGAAGUUGAUUAGGGUUGCUCCUGAACUGAUUACGUAUGAUGAUUGGACUGUUAGAGCCAUGCAUCUACUUAAUGAUCAACAUUUGGGUGUUGUGACAUCGGCCGUUAGUCUGAUCGAUGCUUUGGUGAAAAGAAGUCCAGAAGAACACAAAGGAUGUGUAUCUCUUGCUGUUUCACGCCUUAGCAGAUUAAUAACAUCUUCUUAUACUGACCUACAAGAUUAUACCUACUACUUUGUUACUGCUCCGUGGUUAUCUGUCAAGUUACUACGUCUACUUCAGAACUACCCACAACCAGAGGAUACUACGGUUCGUGCUAGACUUGCUGAGUGCCUCGAUACUAUUUUGAAGAAAGUUCAAGAAGCUCCAAAAUCAAAGAAAGUACAACAUCCAAAUGCUAAGAAUGCUGUUCUUUUUGAAGCUAUCAAUCUUAUAAUCCAUAUGGAUUCUGAUCCCAAAUUGCUUGUCCGUGCUUGUAAUCAGUUAGGACAGUUCCUACAACACAAGGAGACCAAUCUACGUUACUUAGCUCUUGAAUCAUUAUGCUUGUUGGCUACGAGUGAAUUCAGUCACGAGGCAGUCAAGAAACAUCAGGAAACUAUUGUAAAUGCACUUAAAAGUGAACGGGAUGUUUCAGUUCGUCAAAGAGCUGUGGAUCUCUUAUAUGCUAUGUGCGAUCGAACUAAUGCUCAAGCUAUUGUAGGGGAGAUGCUCAGCUAUUUGGAAGUAGCGGAUUAUGCUAUCCGUGAGGAGAUGGUUUUAAAGGUUGCUAUCUUGGCGGAAAAAUACGCAACUGACUAUUCUUGGUAUGUGGAUACUAUACUGAACUUAAUAAGAGUUGCUGGUGAUUAUGUUAGUGAUGAAGUUUGGCAUCGUGUCAUCCAGAUUGUUAUAAAUCGUGAAGACGUACAAGGAUAUGCGGCAAAGACAGUGUUUGAGGCGCUUCAAGCUCCUGCAUGUCAUGAAAAUAUGGUUAAAGUCGGAGGAUAUAUUUUGGGUGAAUUUGGCAAUCUGAUUGCAGGGGACCCAAGAUCAGCACCUAAAGUACAAUUCAAUUUAUUGCAUAGUAAAUUUCAUUUAUGUACUCCAACUACACGUCAACUAUUGUUGUCCACGUAUAUGAAGUUUAUCAAUUUGUUUCCAGAAAUUAAGUCCGAUAUACAGUCUGUACUACAAAAUGACAGUAAUUUACGCAGUUCCAAUGUAGAAAUACAGCAACGAGCUACUGAAUAUUUAGCGCUAUCGCGAAUCGCCACUGAUGACGUAUUGGCUACUGUUCUAGAAGAAAUGCCACCUUUCCCAGAGCGUCAUUCCAGUAUUUUAGCUAAACUUAAAGCUAAAAAUCCUAAUACUGAUGGUACAAUAUCAAAAUCGGAAGCUGUUGGGGAAAGUUAUGCUUUGAAUUCAACCAAAAUCGAUCAUGAUAAUAAUCACGAUGUUAAUCGUGAAGCAGAUUUACUCAAUUUCGGCAAUCCUGGUACUGUAUACAAUGAGGUCCAGUCAAAACCAAACGGAUCAUCUAGUCUAUUAGUUGAUAUAAUGGGUAAUGGUUUGGCUUCUCCAGAUAUGAACAAUUUACUUCAUGCCAGUGGUGAUCAAUACAUAAAUCAUAAAGAAUUCACAAACUUUUUGACAAGGCAUAAUGCGAUAUUAUAUGAGAAUUCUCUUAUUCGUAUUGGUAUUCGAAUGGAAUCUUGUGGUCAGUUUUGUCGUUUAGGUGUAUUCUACGGGAACAAAUCUCCUCAUCCAUUCACAGUGUUUUGUUCUCAAGUCACUUGUCCAGAUGCAAUGGAUGUGAACGAAUUGGCUAAAGCUAUUUCCAUUGAACUUCAACCUGGUCCUGAUCGAAUUGAAGCAGGGACACAAGUUCAACAAACAUUAAAUGUUGAAUGUUUACGUCCUUUUACUGAAAUAGUAAAACUUGAUGUUUCUUACUUAUGUGAAGACUCGAAACAACGUUAUGCUCUUAUGCUUCCAGUAACAUUAAAUAAAUUCCUUCAACCUGCAGAGAUGGAUCAAGCAACAUUUUUCUCUCGGUGGAAAUUACUGUCUCAACCUGGACGAGAAUGUCAAAAAAUUAAUCCUCCACUAUUCUCAUUAGAAACAUCUUUCCUAAGAACUACUACUAAAAACUUUGGAUUUGGUUUAUUGGAUGGAAUUGAUCCUAAUCCAAAUAAUGUUGUUGGUGCAGGUAUUGUUGUAACUAGUAGUCAACAAGUCGGUGUACUACUUCGAUUAGAACCAAAUACACAAAUAAAGAUGUAUUGCCUUACUAUUCGCAGUACACGAGAAAUUGUCUCAUCUCAUUUAGCCAAACUCAUUGAACAAUUGAUCUAAAUUGAAUAUUUUUGUCAUCAUUGUUACUAUUGUUGUUUAUAUUCAAUUAAUACUCUGAUCAAUUUUAAUGUGUCUAUGAUGGACCAAUCCAAUGGAACAUUCUUUAUAAUUUAUAUUGCAAUGUGGUUUCAUCUUGGCAAAAAAUAUAGAUUUAUAACAUUAAUAAUGUUGAUGACGAUAAGCAAUGAGAAUUCUUUAUCAUUCCCAUUAUAUAUAUAUAUAUAUAUAUAUAUAUAUAUAUAUAUAUAUAUAUAUAUAUAUAUAUAUAUAUCGUUGUUAUUAAUGUCGUUGCCGUUGUUGUUUUCUCUUUUGUUAAAACUUUUAAAAGCAUAAGGCAAAUAUGUUUUCUACUUUGUCCUUAGAAUAAAAAAAUCUCUCGCUAGUUUUACAUGCACAUGUGUAUGUGCAUUCCUGAUUGAACUGUAUUUAAUUUACUCAUUUCUGUUUUAUGCUGGGUUUUCUUUCAUCUUUCUCUCUAUGCCUAUCCCUCUUCUGUACUGUUUGAUUAUUUAGUUUAACUUAUACCUACCUGUCUACUUAAUUACUUGUAGAAUAUUAUUUGUUAGUUAGUUUUCAAUCUGUUUAUGAUUAUUUUAGUCAUUACUUGUUUAUUAUUUCAUGGUAUUCUAUGAUAAUAGUAAUAAUAACAAUGUUCUGUUUUGCGUGUUCGCCAUAAUAUGACAUUUAGUCAUCAUAAUCAUCAUCGUUGUCAUCUAAUUUCAAUGAGGAUUAUUUUUUGUUACCAUCUACUGAUCAUUUAUAUUCAUUCAGUCACUGAUACACGUGUUAAUUGGCUUCACCAAAUUCAUUAAUCAAUCACUCCACAUUCAUUGUGAUUUAUUUUGCAUUUCUAUAAAUACAAAGUUAGACAAUUAAUUUUUUUUAAAACAAAAAUUAUAAUUAUUUCCAAUUGUUUGCUCUAUUAUAAUUGUCAUCGUUUCACUACACUGAUGAUGAUAAUUAUUAUUAUUAUUAUUACUAUUAUUAUUAUUAUUAUGGAAAUUAUCAAACAAUGUGAUUCUUUUUUUCCCCUCCUUAUUUAUCUUUGUUACUGUUGCUUUUAUGUUAGGAUCCGAAAGUGUUAAAGCAUAUUAUUUAUUGUUCGUGAUUUAUAUAUAUAUAUAUAUAUAUAUAUAUAUAUAUAUAUAUAUAUAUAUAUAUCAAGUUUCACUUAGAAUUACGGUUUUUGUUUUGGAAUCAUUAAAACUGUUGUCAAUGCUGUGUAUGGAAAAAUGAGUGGAUGGGUGUGUAUAAUGUAUGUUUGUUCGUCCAAUUGUUGAUUAUUAGUUCAUUUUCAUGGCUUUUGUUUUUACUCAAUAAAAAUAUUCACUAUGUAGUUGGGAUUAACGUGGUUGUUACGUCGCUGAUUGAUCAUAAUACAUAUUCUUAAUAUGUUUGUUUCAGUUACUGACAUUGAAACGUCAACAAGCAUAAUCGUCCAGAUGAUUUUGUCGAAACUAACGGAAAUCAGUAUUAGAAAACAAGUAUUGGUUUAAUGUGUUUAGAAGAUAAGAAGUAGAUAUGUUUAUAUUUUUUCAUGGCUCAUGAUUUAAUGAAUUAUUUUAUGCUUUAUUCCAAAUUUGUUUCCGUACAUGUCAGACCACCAUCAAUUUAUUAUAAUCAACGUAGAGUCUACUGAAAAUUUGUAUUAGUUUAAGUUUUCAUACUGAAGCACGACUAAAUGAAAAUUGGUAGGAAGGGAAUAAUAGUGGUAACAGUGGUGAUAAAAAACUAAUCAUUGAAAAUAUGGUUCCUAAAGAUUGACGGAAUACUGGAAGGUAAGUUCUAGAAUAAGAUAGGUGCGCUUGUUCUGUUGUAAUCGAUUCUGAGCCAUGCCACCCGACGUAUUCAACCACUGAUUGCGGUUAUCCGGGCGACCCUAACUAAGCAUUUUGAAACUACUAAGGUCUGUAAUUUUAUGAAUUGACCACACUACUAUAUAGUUGAUAAGGAAAUUUCAUACCAUUUCAGUUAUAUAGAUAUUCACAUCGUCGUAGGCUGAAUUAGUUUCUCGAAUUAUUUGCGUAACUGUUGUCAGUUGUUAUUGCGCUUAAAAAGGUAUUGCAGUUUUCACAGCAUCAUGGUAAGUCACUGGUAGUUGUUAUGGUUUUUUAAUAAUCCGAAUUCAGUAAUUUAACUGUCAGAAAGUUUGUGAAAUAAGCUUGCGCUAUAUUGCUUCUACAAAUUCAAACUCAUGAAAUUACACACAAUCAAACACUCAAUACUUAAUUCGGAAUUUAUAUUUUAAUUCUUUUUAAAACAAGACAAUCCAAUAUUGAGAUUGAAAAUUGUCUUCCAUUGACCUAUACUUUUGUUUUAGAGACAAGUUAAUAAUUGGCAUUC